AUGUCAACGACGCUCGUUUUCGAGAUCAUCAGCCCAAUGGCAGGCUUCAACAGUCGGGGCAGCCGACACAGAGAUCAAGUCGGCCCAGAGAUAUUGUGCGGAUCUCGUUCGGUAAUAUUUUCUCCUCUGCCAAUUGAAUCAAUCCAGAGCAAUCACUUAUCAUUUCUUAUCGUCUUAAUCAGAAAGUACGACCGUCCUUCCUAUGUCCUGAGCACCUUCAUCCCCCGACAAGCGCAGGCAUUGUAUCUAGCAUUGCGCGCGUUGAAUAUCUCUCUCUCUAUGAUACCCGAUACAACAUCAUCUUCUACGAUUGGUCUAAUGCGAUUACAAUUCUGGAGGGACACGGUUACCCGCACCCUGUCAGGGUCACCACCCAAGGAACCAGUGGCCAUUCUCCUUGGUGCCGCAAUUGAAGAUCUCAGUAUGCGCACUGGUGGCCGAGCACGGCUCAGCAAAGGCUGGUUCCUUCGUAUGAUAAAUGCUAGAGAGCAGUCUCUGACAAAUACUUCGUUUCCAAACCUGUCCGCCCUGGAAUCUUAUGCUGAGAACACCUAUUCCACAUUGCUUUACUUGACCUUGUCAGCGCUGCCGAUGACCUCGCUCACUGUGGACCAUAUCGCUUCACAUAUAGGAAAAGCUGCAGGUAUAACAGCCGUGCUGCGAGGGUUACCACUCGUGGCGUUUCCACCUCCAGCUAAUCACCACACCAAUCAGUCUUCGCUUUUGAGUUCUAGUGAUCGUGGAGAGGCUAGACAAGGUGCAAUUACCUUACCACUAGAUAUCAUGGCGCAGGCAGGGGUUAUCGAAGAAGAGGUGUUUCGUAAAGGUGCAGAAGCUUCCGGUUUGAAAGAUGCGGUUUUCACAGUUGCUACUCGCGCCUCUGACCACUUAAUCACUGCACGUCAAAUGCUGAAGAACCUGCGCGCUGGUCAAGAUGUUGGCCAUGACUUUGAGCACGAAGGUGAAGAGGGUCACGAGUAUGCGUCCAUUACAAAUAAUCAACCAGCUCAUGAUCAGCUAUCAUCGCCGUAUGAGAAGCAGUUGAACGAGGUGGAACGAGGCUUUGGUGUUUUAAUGCCUGCUAUCCCGACGCAGCUAUGGCUUGACAAGUUGCAGGCGGUUGAUUUUGAUAUUUUCAAUCCUCUUCUUCUUCGUUCUGAUUGGAAGCUUCCUUGGAAGGCUUACCUUGCUCAUCGCAGCAAGUCUUUCUAA